GACUCGUUCAAUAAUCUGUCCCCAAGAAGCCCUCUUUGUUUCUCUUCCGACGGAAAUUCAGCCGUGAAGCUUAUGUCACCAUGAUUUCCAUUCUCGCUCAGGAGCGACUGCUUGGUGCUGCAUUGGGGAGCGUGUUCGCCGGGGUUGUUGUUUUUGAGCAACGGAAAAGCUUAUACGAGUCCAUUUCCAAAAACUAUCCACCAACUACUCAAUCUCCGAUGAGAAAACCUGUACUAGCAAAGAAAUAUGGUCCAGAGUUUUCGCACCUAUGGAAUAGCGCUGUAGACCAGACAUUUGGACCUGUGAUUCAGGCUCUCAGUUCACGGGGAUGGUGAUGCAUUGAGAAUGGUUUCGUUAGCAAUGUAUUUAAACACCAAUUCAUAAAACAUGUAAGGAAACAGAAUUUUAAAUUCUCUCUUUUUAACAUUCUAGAUUAUCAAAGAAUUGAUGUUAUGACUGUGGAACAAAGCCAUGAGUAUGAAGGCCUUUAAAGCAAUAAAAACAAAUUAUCUUUAUUGCUAAACUGUACUUUCGUUUUUCCCAUGUAUUUCUAUGAGAAGCCAUGUGUUUAAA